UAUGGCGUCUCUUCUCGAACGGGAUGUCGUCUAUACAAUAUUUACAUUUAUUUCAAGUUAAUAAGCUUAUACUCUUUACAAAUUCUUUAUCUUUUUCAUUUCUAACCGGCGCACGUUUUAGUAAGUCAAUCAGAGCCAUCUCGUCGAAGCUCUGAUAGUUUUGUUUCGAACAACUACUGUACAACGAAAGUUUUUCUCGAGCUUCAUUUUUCUUUGUCAACCAUGGCGACAGAAAUCCAAAUCGUCAACCCAGGAGUUUUGAGCAGAAUUGAAAGUUUUAUGAAUGACUCGGCAUACCGAGAGGCCAUAGAAAACUCUGCAAACUAUAACACAAGACUCUGCAUUGAAAGAAGAAUGAGAAUGCCGUUUUUAGAUCCACAGACAGAAAGACGGAAACAGAGAUUUAAUGAUCUGGAUUCUGGUGUGUUCAAGAAGAAAGACGAUUUUCCAUUUUCAAUGAACCGAAGGGGUAUAGCGCAAAACCAUUCCAACUUGUUUAUGUCGGCUCGGCAACGAUUACCUGGACUCAACGAAGGACAGGUGUACACAUAUCCGAGCAAGCGGUGGCGCAAGAAGCGACGCCAAUACCUCAUGAUGCCGAACAGGCGCAAGGAUAUAGACGGAGUUGAGAACAGCGAGCAUGUGGCUAACAUUGUGGAAAGCUCGGUUUUGGCUAACAGCGAAGACAGCAAGGACAGUUCUGGACUCAAGGAUGAUGCCACUGCCAAGGUGCAGGUGGGAAAGAAAGACGCAUGGUUCUAUGAUGAGCUAGACCUGCAGGCCAUGGAUGGCUUUGAUGAGCCAGAUCAGGAUUCUGACUACGACUACGAAGAAACUUACACCAAGAGGCGCAAAAGGAGAGGGGCUGGCGGAAAACAAUCCAAACCCUCAGAAUCAACUAAGAAAACCAAGGCGGCUGCCACUCCUGGCCGAGGACGCAAGAAGGGAAUGCAGUAUGCAGCUGAUCCUAACGACACCGACAAGCCGUUCAGUUGUGAUCUGUGUGGCGCCCGGUACAAAACACGACCCGGGCUCACCUACCACUACACACACUCACACAAGGAGGGGAAGUGCGCUGCGGUGACGGGGGAAGAGGAGGCUAGCAGUGACGCCACCACGGCUAGUGCUGCCACUACGGCCGCACCGGCUCCUCCCACCCCCCCUCCUCAGGAAUCUUCUUCGUCAGGUUGGCAGACUCCCCACUACCAAGACAGUUACCUCACCUUUCUAAAUACCCCUGGAGCCACCCCAGUGAAGAAGCAGACCCGUAGCAACACAACCAUGGGAGGGACCCCGGGGCCUAGUGUGGUCCCUGAGGAGCCACCUGCUACACGGGCCCCUCCGUCUCCAAAGCCAAUAGACAAAAUUGAGGAGCUGCCUCCGAUGCCGGUGUUGACUAUGGAGCAGCAGAACAAGGAGAAGGCCACACCAUCGCCCUACUGUGACUUCUGUCUGGGUGAUGCUGUGGCUAACAAGAAGAGUGGCCAGCCUGAGGAACUGGUCUCCUGCUCUGACUGUGGACGCUCAGGUCACCCUACUUGUCUCCAGUUCACCGCCAACAUGAUUGUGUCAGUGCGCAAGUACAGGUGGCAGUGCAUUGAGUGCAAAUGCUGCUCCAUCUGUGGCACUUCUGAUAAUGACGACCAGCUGUUGUUCUGUGAUGACUGUGACAGAGGUUACCACAUGUACUGUCUGGCACCCCCUCUCACCACCCCCCCUGAGGGCUCCUGGAGCUGUCGACUCUGCCUGUCCGAGUUCCACCGCAAGGCUCUUAAGAUACCAGUUUCCAUAAAGCUAUUUAAAGAAUCUACUACAAGUUUAUUCUCCACCGUCACGGAAGUCGAUUUGCGAAGGAUUUCUGAAAAUACAAUAACAAGUUGCUCUUGCAGUUCAAAAUGCCUGACAAAGAAAUGUGUUUGUAGAAGAAAUAAGGUAAAGUGUGAUGUUAGAUGCCAUUUCCCGCUUCUCUGUGAAAAUGAGUGAAACGUUAUUGUUUCAAUGAUUGUCUCUUCUUAAGAAUAUAAUAUGUGUAUUUCAUGUUGAUAAAAAAAUAUAAUUUAAAA